GUAUAGUUUAAGUUCUGCUAAACCUGUUCUAACAAAAAUUUUUCAGAGUGCGCUAUAAUAAAAAAAAGAAGCUAUCACUAUGAAUCAUUAACGAACUCUAUCCAUUACUGGCCAAACUAUAGAAAAGUGGUAGAAUGCCUCCCAAGAAUAAGAAGCAAAAGGAUGAUGUUCAAGAUGAACGAUUCCAAGCAAUUGUUUUAACUGACUCUUUCCAAACAAGAUUUAUGCCUUUAACUUCAGUUAAACCUCGAUGCCUAUUACCAUUAGCUAAUGUACCAUUAAUUGAAUAUACUUUAGAAUUUCUUGCUAAAGCUGGAGUUAAUGAAGUUCAUUUAAUGUGUUCAUCUCAUGCUGAACAAAUCCAACAAUAUAUUGAGAAAUCCAAAUGGUCAUCUCAUAAUUCUCCAUUUACUGUAUAUACUAUAAUGUCAUUAGAAUCAAGAUCAGUUGGUGAUGCUAUGAGAGAUUUAGAUAAUAGAGGUUUAAUUACUGGAGACUUUUUAUUAGUUUCUGGUGAUGUAGUUACCAAUAUUGACUUUUCUAAAGUAAUGAAUUUUCAUAAAUAUAAAAAGCAACAAGAUAAAGAUCAUAUUAUUACUAUGGUAUUAACUCCUGCAUCUCCUUUACAUAGAACUAGAUCUCAUGUUGAUCCAGCUACUUUUAUAUUGGAUAAAAAGACUAAUAGAUGUUUGUUUUAUCAAGGGAUUCCUCCUGUUGAUGGUAAAAAAGCCAGUAUUAAUGUUGAUCCUGAAUUAUUUGAAGAUGUUGAAGAUGAAAUUUCUAUUAGAAAUGAUCUAAUAGAUUGUCAUGUUGAUAUUUGUACUCCUCAUGUACCUCAAAUAUUUCAAGAAAAUUUCGAUUAUCAAUAUUUAAGAAAUGAUUUCGUUAAGGGAGUUGUAACUACUGAUUUAGUUAAGAAGACUAUUUAUGCUUAUAUUUCAGAAAAUAGUUCUGAAUAUGCUGCAAGAGUUGAAAGUUGGGCUACUUAUGAUGCUAUAUCUCAAGAUAUAUUGGCAAGGUGGUGUUAUCCACUUGGUCCAGAUUCUAAUUUUGUUAACAGUACUUCAUAUCGUUAUGAAGCUAAGCAUAUUUAUAAAGAAGAAAAAGUUGUAUUAGCUCAAUCAUGUAAGAUCGGUACUUGUACUUCUAUUGGAGCCAAUACAACUGUUGGUGAAAGAACUACUAUUAAAAAAUCAGUCAUUGGAAGAAAUUGUAAAAUUGGAAAUAAUGUUGUAAUUAGUAACUCUUAUAUUUGGGAUGGAGCUAUCAUUGAAGAUAAUACCCUGGUUAAUCAUACCAUAGUUGCUUCUAAUGCUCAUAUAGGUUCUAAUGUUGUGUUAAGUCCUGGUGUUGUCAUUGGUUUCAAUGUAAAGAUUGGUAAUAAUAAGAGAAUAGCUCAUAAUGCUAGAGUUCUGGAGUUGCCUAUUGUUUCUAAUGAAGAUUUAUUUGAUGAUUCAUUUGAGAGUGAUAGUGAAAAUAGUGAAAAUGACGAACCUUCUACUCCUUCAAUUCCUCAUAUUGAUAUUAAUGUUCAAGAUAUUGAUUUAGUUGGAGAAGAUGGGGUUGGAUUCUUAUAUGUUUCCGAUAAAGAUUUUGAUGAAGAAUCCGAAUCAGAAGCUGGUGAUCAAUACUCUGGUAUAAUAUAUCAAAUGAAAUCUUUAAAUGUUUCUGAUGAUUCGAUUGCAUCAGUUUCUAAUCGUAAUAAGACCAGAAAGCAUAGUCGUAAACAUUCAAGAAGUAGAAGAUUAUCUACUACAUCAGUUGUUUCUACUGAUUUUGAUGGAGAAAUUUAUUCUGAAGAAGAAGAAGAUUUUAUUCAAGAAGCUGUUGCUACAGUUGAUAGAUCAUUAAAUAAUAAUCAUGAUUUAGAUACUGCAGUAUUAGAAUUGAAUACUUUGAAAAUGUCCAUGAAUGCUAGUUAUCAUGAUGUUAGAAAUGCUACAUCAGAAGCUUUAGUAAAACAAGUAUUAAAAUUUAUUAAGACUCAAACUUUGGACCCAAAACUGGCUGCUAAAAAAGUAUUUGAAAGAUGGGGCCCAAUGUAUAAAAGACAAAUAUUUGAAUUUGAAGAUGGAAUUGAUUUACUUAAUAUUCUUCAAGAAAAAAUUGCUCAAAGUGAUAAAGCUUAUAAUCAAAUUAUAUUAUUUGUAGCAGUUCAAACAUUAUACGAUGAAGUUUUACUGGAAGAAGCAAUUCUUGCAUGGUGGAAUUCUAGUAAAAAUAUUGAAGAUGAAAAUAUUAAAUAUGUUAGAGGUUUAACCGAACAAUUUAUUAAGUGGUUAGAAACUGCUGAAGAAGAAAGUGAAGAAGAAGAAAGUGAUUAAAUCCAUUCAUCGUAUAUUUAUAUAUAUAUAGACAA